UAGCAAUGCCGACAUUUGCUUUGAGAUGGAUAUUCCCAAAACAACCUCGUGUUUGGAACCGCGUCGGCGUGAUAGCAUUUAAAACAUCCCAAAAUAAAAUCGAUUACCGGCAAAAUGAAAAGUAUCGUCGCUGCAGGCUUUUUGUCCUCAAUUUUCAAAAAUUCAGAACCAUUUAAAACACUUACAUCAAUUAAACAUGUACGGUUUUUCAGUUCCGGAUUCAAAUGUAGCGAUUCGACACAGCAGCAAAUUCAGCAUGAAAACUACAGGCAAAGACGAAGCUAUUCAUUUAUCCAUGACACAAAUUACUUAUGUUUGGGAGACAAUUUGCGCACUGACGAAGUCUUAUUCGAAAUGUUCAAAAAUGAGGAAACUGGUCUUUUGCCAAUAGGAAAAUUUCUCAAUGCAUUACGAGCAACAGGACUAAGGAAAACGGAUCCCAGAUUGAAAGAAAUGGUUGAUAUUUUAAAAAUGAUGUCCAAAGGCACAACGGAUGGUUAUUCCAUUGAUACCCAGAAGUUAAAUUUGAAUGAUUUUAAGAGCAUAAUAGCUCCAAAUAUCGGCCUAAUUUCAAGAGCAUUUAGACGGCAGUUUAUCAUACCAGAAUUCCAGGAUUUCUGCAAAGACAUUGAAGAGAUCUACUGGAAAUGUAAAGAUAACACCAAAGGAAAAGUGGCCUCGUAUAUACCACAACUGAAAAGAAUGAGUGCCAAUUAUUGGGGAGUGAGCAUAUGCACAAUAGAUGGGCAAAGAUUCUCUGUUGGAGACGUUUCCAUUCCAUUCACAAUACAAUCGUGCAGUAAACCACUAACUUAUGGAAUCGCUUUGGAUUUGUUGGGUUCUGAAGUGGUUCACAAAUAUGUGGGACAAGAACCAAGCGGUCGAAAUUUCAACGAACUGAUCCUAGACCACAAUAAAAAACCUCACAACCCGAUGAUUAACGCUGGAGCCAUAAUUGUGUGCGCCUUACUCAAAACUGUAGUCGGACCAGAAAUGAGUUUAGCCGAAAAAUUUGAUUUCACAAUGAAUUAUUUUGAGCGUUUGGCAGGGAAUGAAGACUUGGGAUUUAAUAACGCCGUUUUCCUCUCCGAACGUGAAUGUGCCGACCGAAAUUAUGCCCUGGGAUUCUACAUGAGGGAGCAUAAAUGCUUCCCAGCCACCUGCAAGUUGAAGGAAUGCAUGGAUUUCUAUUUCCAAUGUUGUUCUUUGGAAGCAUCUUGCGAUCAGCUAUCAGUUAUCGGGUCCACUUUAGCUAAUGGAGGCAUUUGUCCACUGUCCGAAGAAAAGGUUUUGAAGCCGGAAAGUGUUCGAGAUGUCCUCUCUUUGAUGCAUAGUUGCGGAAUGUAUGACUAUUCGGGGCAGUUUGCCUUCAAGGUAGGAGUUCCAACAAAAUCCGGCGUAAGCGGGGCACUUUUAGUGGUAAUACCCAACGUUAUGGGCAUUUGUCUGUGGUCUCCUCCUUUAGAUGCUCUGGGAAACAGCUGCAGAGGAGUGCAGUUUUGUGAGGAACUCAUCAAAAAAUUCAACUUCCAUCGCUACGACAAUCUGAAGCACGCACCGAACAAAAUAGAUCCGAGGAAGCAUAAGUUCGAAACCAAAGGACUAAAUGUGGUGAAUUUACUCUUCUCCGCUGCUGCUGGAGAUCUACCAGGAUUACGAAGGCAUAUGUUGAAUGGAAUGGACAUGAGCCUUCCAGACUAUGAUGGCAGAACUGCUUUGCACUUGGCAGCAGCAGAAGGCCACAUAAAUUGUGUGGAGUUUCUGCUGAAACAGUGCCGGGUGCCUUACGAUAUGAGAGAUAGAUGGGGAAAAACUCCUUUGGAAGAAGCUCUCACCUUCGGACACACUGCAGUCAUUGAACUCAUGCAGCUUUGGGAUGAACAAGUCACAAGAAACGCUCCUGAAGAAGAGGACCCUCCGAUUCCAGGCAUGGCCUAAGGGAAACUAUUCGUUCCGAUCUGAACUAGUCAAUUAGAUUAUUUAUUUAUUUUAAUUGUAGGUGAGGCUUUAUGUUAAGAAUCGAUUGUACAAAUCUUAUUUUUACUGCAGAGGUUCUAGGGCGGGAGCCCAAAAAGUAUUAAGGCGCAAUAAAAAUAUUUAUCACCCAUUUCGAUGGCAAUACAAAGCGAUUUGUGAUAUUAGUUCGACUUUUUGACAAUACUGUAUUUCUAAGUUACUUAUUUCCAACAUGCCUGAUUUGUUAUAUCAUUGACAAUAAAUGAAAUGUCCGUAUAUGCUUUAAA